GACAGUUGUGUAGAAAAUGGUACCCACGACGAGCAGAUUAAAUAUUAUACACGUCAGCACAAAAUCCCUGCACGUCUACGCACGAACGACACGGAUGCAACAAACUCCCAUCACGGUGGCUGGCGCUGGUGGUUUUUGUGUUGGGUGACUUGCAACUGACGGUUACGGUAACCGCAGCGACACUUUGUUGCUGAAAACUGAAAACUUCCUUGCUUUCUCUUCAAACUUUUCAUCAUAUUUAUUAUUAUUAAUCUUUGAUUUAUUUGAUUAAUAUUCCUUGCUUUACAAAAAACGAUCCACUUUCCUGUAACUAAACAUAUAAAAAAGCUGCUUUUCAUCUUCUUCUCUGUUUUGGCGCUUUCAGUUGAAGGGCAGGCACAUGAAGAAUUUUAACUUUGCCUCUCUACUGUCUGAACCCAAGAGUAGAACAAGUGUCGCCACUUUCAUCCUCACGGCCUCACUAAUCUUCGGCUUUUACAUCCUCGGGACAGCAUUCUAUGCAAAUGACCUUAAAAUACUACAACGAUCACAAAUGGAGUUGAAGGAUGCAGAAAAAUGCAAGAACCGGUGCAGGCCUCCAGGCAGCGAAGUAUUGCCGGAAGGAGUUCUUGCCAAAACUUCUGAUUUGGAGAUGCGCCCUUUAUGGGGUUCAUUUGACAACAGUAGCCAUUCAAGUCGUUCGGUGAGUUUGCUGGCUAUUGCAGCUGGAAUAAAGCAAAAGUAUUUGGUUAAUAACAUUAUAACAAAGUUUUUAGAAAACGACUUUGUUGUCAUGGUGUUUCAUUAUGAUGGCAUUGUUGAUCAAUGGAAUGAUCUACAAUGGGCUAGUCGGGUCAUUCACGUUUCAGCCAUGAACCAAACGAAGUGGUGGUUUGCUAAGCGGUUUUUGCACCCGGAUAUAGUUGCGGAGUAUGACUACAUUUUUCUUUGGGACGAGGACCUUGAUAUCGAACAUUUUAAUCCAGGCCGGUAUAUAUCAAUUGUUAAAGAGGAAGAACUUGACAUAUCACAGCCAGCACUUGAUCCUCGAAAAUCAGAGAUACACCAUCAAAUUACCGUACGCCAAAAGAACUCAAAAGUUCAUAGGAGGUAUUUUAAGUUACGAGGCGGUGGAAGGUGUUUUGACAAUAGCACGGGUCCUCCAUGCUUUGGUUGGGUAGAAAUGAUGGCUCCUGUGUUUUCAAAGGCGGCGUGGCGCUGCGCGUGGUAUCUCAUUCAGAAUGAUUUGAUUCACGCAUGGGGCAUCGAUUUUCAGCUCGGCUAUUGUGCUCAGGGUGACCGGAAGCAGAAGGUUGGUGUGGUUGAUGCUGAAUACAUUGUUCAUCUUGGUGUCCCUUCUCUUGGUGGUGCAAAUCAUGCGAGCAACGAAUCACUUACUGAUCACACGAGUAGAAAAAAUACAACAUAUGCCGAUGAUCUUGUAAAGCUGUCUAACAGUAGUGAAAUCCAUGCCGGAAGUGAUCGAGCUGAGGUGAGGUUGCAGUCGUAUACUGAAAUGCGUAUCUUCUAUCGUAGAUGGGACAAGGCAGUUAAAAAAGACAAAUGUUGGGUUGAUCGAUACGAUAUGAGAAAAGAAAGAUAAGUCUUCACAAAGUCGUCAAGUAAAUAAGCAACUAUGAUUGUUUGAGCUACAUUUACAACCCAAAUCAUUGGUAUAAUCAAGAGACCCCAAGUUCUGAGAUGGAAAUUAUUCAUAUUUGGGUUUUUGAAUUUUUGGCUCCCAAAUAGAUAAUUGUAUGUAAUGUAUUCUUCUUUUCUUGUUUUGGAUGUAAAAUGUAUGUGUGGAAAGGGUGGAGGAUGGUCAGGAUAGUGCAUAUGUGAAUGAAUAGGUGGUGAUGGUCAAUCUUAUAUGUAUUAUUUUUUUCUUUUCUAAAAAUUGUUAUCACCCUUCUUGUAUAAUUUACAUUUGUUUAAGCUUGCAAUUCUUUUAAUUA